UCAGUGGCAGUUUUAAUUGAUUAUAAAUUGAUGACAAAAAAUAAUUUUCAACCUUUCAAAAAAAGUUGUUUCUUCUGCUUGAAUAUUAAAAUUGUUUUCGCAUAGUUUCAACGUUAUCUGAAUAUAAAAUAUAACAAAACUAGAAAACGUUGUUAGAUAUACAAUAACAAAAACUGAAUUGAUAUUGGUUACACUGCAAGCGUUUUGUUUAUCUAUUGAUGGCACGUUUGGACCCGCUUCGAAUAAAUAUAGAAAUCGUUCAUAUAAUUUAAACAUUAAUUUGAUCAAGUAUUUUUAAGUUGAGUGUUGAAUGCUACGACUGUUGUACUAAGGAAAAGCAUUUUACAGAUAUCUUCUGACCACAGGCCAGUACAAACAUCAAUCAUGCGAUCUUUCUUAGCUGCACUAUUUGUGUCACAUCUGGUUGUUUCGGUCUUGGCACAAACACAAUGUUUUCCACCUCCAAACAAUAAAAACCCCAAGGAAUGUUGUGCAAUUCCCCAUGUAAUGCCACCGAGAGAACAAUUCGCUGCAUGUAUGCAGAAGUUUCCAUCGUUGACACCGCCAGCUUCACCACCAACUCCAGGAAGUCCACCUCCGGGUGCUAACUGUAUCGCGGAGUGCAUAUUAACACAACAAGGUGCAAUUUCGAAUGGAGUCAUCAACAAAGAUGCUGUUUUAUCUCAGUUGCUUUCGCUAAUCGGAUCGUCUAACGAUUGGAAAGCGUUAGCCAAAACUUCGGUUGAUACCUGCUUUUCACAAGUGUCUUCAUUGGGAACGCAAAAGGACAAUAACGGAUGCAGUUCAGCUGCUGGAGCUUUCCUUGAAUGUCUUCCAACCGAUAUGUUCAAGAAUUGCCCACCCUCUUCAUGGACAGCGAGUGCCGAAUGUGAUCAGCAGAAAGCUUUUCUAGCCAAAGGCUGUUCAGUAAUGGCACUAAUAAGUCCACAUAAGUGACGAUUAUGAUUAUGAUUCACCGAAAGACAGGAAAUAAAUGGUAUCUGUAUUCAGUAAAGCUAGCUUAUGAGAG